UAUAUUGUGCUCUGCCCAUCAAAGACAAUACUAGCUGUUGGGUGUGGAGAAACUCCGUAAGAAAGGAUAUCAAUCUGCCUGCUCAACUUGAUUGCAGACUGGGUGCUGUUUGGCGUGCAUCUCGACAAAGCUCCAUCUAAAAUCUUUUUGGAAAGAUGGCAUCGAAGUGUCAGCGUUGUGGAAAGUCUGUUUACCAGGCGGAAGAAAGGAUAGGCGCAGGCGCAAAAUGGCAUCGGCAUUGCUUCACUUGCAAGGACUGCAACAAGAGUUUAGAUAGCAAUACUGUUCGUGAGAGAAAAGAGUCUCAGGAAAUUUACUGCGCAUCUUGCUAUGGCAAAAACUUUGGACCCAAAGGCUAUGGUUUUGGCGGAGGAGCUGGCACUUUAAGCAUGGAUGCAGGCAAGGAUGCGACCGGCCAAAAAUGGGCCAAAAGCAAUGUUCCCUCCAACCCAAGUGCAGGAGGAACCAGUUCAGUUGGAGGUGGGCCCAAAUGCCCGAGAUGUGGCAAAACUGUGUAUGAAGCUGAAAAGGUUGUCGGAGCUGGCGAGGCAUGGCACAAAAUGUGUUUCACAUGCAAGGACUGUAACAAACGCCUUGAUUCAACUACCUGUACUGACAGAGAUGGAGAAAUCUAUUGCAAAGGGUGCUAUGGUAAGAAUUUCGGACCAAAAGGUUUUGGAUUUGGAGUUGGUGGAGGUGCACUGCCAAACACUGGAUCAAUGUCUUUUGGUGGUGGUCCAAAGUGCGGCGCUUGUGACAAGACUGUCUACUUCAAUGAAAAAGUUGAUGCAUGCGGCAAAGCAUGGCACAAACUUUGCUUCAAAUGCUUCGACUGUAGCAAGAUGUUGGAUAGUGGCUCUGUCUCUGACAAACGUGAAGGAGACAAAGUAUCAAUUUACUGCAAGGGAUGUUAUGGGAAAAAGUUCGGACCGAGUGGCUAUGGAUUUGGUCAAGGUGCUGGCGUUAUGAGAACUGACUUUGGAGGUUCCCAGAAGCCUGUUGCGCAGGGCGGAAGAGGUGGAGGAGCUGCUACCAGUUUUGGUGGAGCUGACAAGUGUCCAAGAUGUGGAAAGUCAGUUUAUGCAGCUGAGAAGAUUAUAGGUGCCGGAUCAUCUUGGCAUAAGACUUGUUUCUCAUGCAAAGAAUGCAACAAAAAACUGGACUCGACUUCAGUAGCUGAUAAAGACGGAGAAAUUUACUGCAAAGGAUGUUAUGGAAAGAAUUUUGGGCCUAAAGGAUUCGGUUACGGCCAAGGAGCCGGAGCACUGACAUUGACAAAGUAAAAGACAUUUUUCUCACUCUUCCAAUCAGUCAACAAAGUUCUGAUGGAAAAAAACCAAGUACAUUGUUAAUCUUUUAACUGACAUUCAAGGUGUUAUCGGUUAUUGUGAACACUUGCUAUAUUUUGAUAAAGGAAAUAUUUCUAAAACUCA